GGGUCUCUCCCUUUCUCCUUCUGCAGGGUGAGGAGGGGAGAAGCAGCUGCUCCCCCAGGCCGGCCGGGGCGGAGGAGGACCCCAUGACUGAAAGCAGCAGCUGGGGGAGAGGGCUCCAGCUGAUCUGAUUUCCUCCCCCCAUCCCCCAGUGAGAGGAGAAUGGAGCUCGGGUAAUCAGGGCUGGCAGGAGGUGCAGCAGGAGCAGGAAUUCCUGGGGACCCAGCUGAAUGGAUGGAGGAAUGAUGAGCUGAUGCCUGUUUUCUGAGAUGAUGAUAUAUAGCUUUUUACAUACUUCUUCUUUUCAUCAGCACACCUUGAAGCACUUUACCAAGAAGUUUACAGGGUAGACAGGACUGGAACUAUUUCUGCAGCUUCUGGGAGCCUGCUGCUAAGCAAUGUGACAAUAUAAAUCUGAAAACAGUAUUGCUGUUGGAAACAACCGGAAAAAUUUCUCAGGGGACAUAUUUUCACUUCGUCACACCUUUUACUGUGGCAAAAAUGGACUAUUUUCCUCACCAAAAACCAGCAGUAUAAUUAAUGCCCAUCUGAUACAUGCCUCAAGGAACUCUUAUUUAAAAUCUGUUGAAAAUGGAUGUCUUGUAGCCUAUCAACAAAUCCUGCUACUGCUGCGUGUGUGGCAGCACUUCUAUAUGAUCACAUGACUCUUGAUAUGGACGCGGUCCUGUCAGACUUUGUUCGGUCCACAGGGGCAGAACCUGGUCUGGCAAGAGACCUGCUGGAAGGCAAAAACUGGGAUUUGACCGCUGCUCUGAGUGACUAUGAGCAGCUCCGACAGGUACACACAGCCAACCUGCCACAAGUGUUUAAUGAAGGGAAGUACUACAAGCAGCAGGAAAGAGAGCCACCCCAACAGGUGAACAAGACUGAACGACCAAGUCUGCAGAGACAGGAUGACAUUGCUCAAGAAAAACGACUCUCCAGAGGUAUUUCUCAUGCCAGCUCAGCCAUAGUCUCCCUUGCUCGAUCACAUGUAGCAAAUGAAUGCAGCAAUGAGCAGUUUCCUUUGGAGAUGCCUAUAUACACAUUCCAGCUACCAGAUCUUAGCGUGUACAGUGAAGAUUUCAGAAGCUUCAUUGAACGUGACUUAAUCGAACAGGCAACAAUGGUUGCUUUGGAACAAGCAGGUCGACUGAACUGGUGGUCCACAGUGUGUACAAGUUGCAAACGUCUUCUUCCAUUGGCUACAACAGGUGAUGGAAACUGCCUCUUACAUGCUGCCUCAUUAGGGAUGUGGGGAUUUCAUGACAGGGACCUUGUGUUACGUAAAGCACUCUACACCAUGAUGAGAAGUGGAGCUGAAAGGGAAGCAUUGAAGAGAAGAUGGAGAUGGCAACAGACACAACAGAAUAAAGAGUCGGGUUUAGUUUAUACAGAAGAAGAGUGGGAACGGGAAUGGAAUGAACUGCUUAAACUGGCUUCAAGUGAACCUCGCACUCAUUUUGGCAAAAAUGGAGGCAUGGGUGGUGGAGUUGAUAAUUCAGAAGAUCCAGUGUAUGAGAGUUUAGAAGAGUUCCACGUUUUUGUCUUAGCACAUAUAUUGAGAAGACCAAUUGUUGUUGUAGCAGACACAAUGUUAAGAGACUCAGGGGGAGAAGCAUUUGCACCUAUCCCAUUUGGAGGAAUUUACUUGCCACUGGAAGUUCCACCUAACCGAUGUCACUGCUCACCUCUUGUCCUGGCUUACGACCAAGCGCAUUUCUCUGCUCUUGUAUCCAUGGAACAAAAAGAUCAACAGAGAGAACAAGCGGUGAUCCCUCUGACUGACUCUGAACACAAGUUACUGCCUUUGCACUUUGCAGUUGAUCCUGGGAAAGAUUGGGAGUGGGGAAAAGAUGACAAUGAUAACACCAGACUGGCCAGCUUGAUUCUGUCUCUGGAGGCAAAGCUUAAUCUCCUGCACAGCUACAUGAAUGUAACCUGGAUACGCAUACCAUCUGAAACACGGGCCCCUUUGGCCCAGCCAGAAUCGCCCACCGCUUCAGCAGGGGAGGAUGUUCAGUCUCUGGCUGACUCAAUGGACUCAGACCGAGAUUCCAUCUGUAGUAAUUCAAAUGGCAGCAAUGGCAAAAAUGGUAAAGAAAAGGAAAAAGACAAACAGAGGAAAGAUAAAGACAAAAACAGGACGGAUUCAGUUGCCAAUAAACUCGGAAGCCUCAGUAAAACUCUAGGAAUUAAACUGAAAAAGAAUAUGGGUGGGCUGGGAGGGCUAGUGCAUGGCAAGAUGAGCAGAACAAAUAUAGGGAAUGGGAAAAAUGGCGACAUCACAGAAAAAGUCAAAGAGAAGAAGUCGAAGUCUCGCAAAGGAAGCAAAGAGGAGUCUGGACAGUCUGCGAGCACAUCUCCAUCUGAAAAGACAACUCCCUCUCCUACUGACAAGGCAAGCAUCUCACCUGCCGAAAAGAUAAACAUGAAAUCCCUCUCUGACAAACAGUCUGACCCAUGGAAAUACAGCACCGAUGUAAAGCUUAGCCUCAACAUUUUGAGAGCUGCCAUGCAAGGAGAACGCAAGUUUAUUUUUGCUGGCCUUCUUCUGACUAGCCAUCGGCAUCAGUUCCAUGAGGAGAUGAUCGGCUAUUACCUGACCAGUGCCCAAGAGCGCUUCAAUGCUGAGCAGGAACAGAAGCGAAAGGAGGCUGAGAAAAAAGCUGUUCUCAAUGGGUCAUCUUGCAGGAAACCGGAGCAAGAAGCAUAUUCAAAAGAAAAGUUAGAAUCAUCUCCUCAGGACAGGGCAUCACCAGUCUUGCCUCAAAGCCAUACAACUCAACUGGUUUUAAAGUUUAAAGAUCGCACUAGUCCCACUCCAGGGUCAUUUUCUUCACCAAGUAAUGGUGCUAAGAAAAGUGGACCCAUUCCAGUAUCUGCCCACUAUAGCCAUACUCCACCUGUUCAAAGACAAAGCGUUAUUCAUUUGCAUGAUGUCAACUCCAAGCCAUCAAGUUUCCAAGAUGAUAGCUAUAAGCCAGUGGUUGGCACCUUAAAAACAUGUGCCACUUAUCCCCAACAGAAUCGAUCACUGUCUUCACAGAGUUAUAGCCCAGCCCGGAUAUCAGGUAUCCGUACAGUGAACACAGUGGAAUCACUGACCUACGCCAUGCCUACCGAACACAAGUCGCAGACAUUUACAAAUGGGUUUAAUACCGGUGAUAUUAGAGACUGCUUAGAAUAUGCUGAUGAGGAGGCUCCUCAGACCUGGUUGAACAAUGAUAAAAACCGAGGCAGAAGCACAGUUUGCCCAAUAUAUUCCAUCCAGCAGAACCGUUGCAAGAAAGAGAACUGUUCUUUUUAUGGUCGUCCUGAGACUGAAAAUUACUGCUCAUACUGCUACAAAGAGGAGUUAAAGCGUAGGGAGAGAGAAAGUAAGGGACACCGGCAUUGAGGAUUGUGAGGAUCCUUCCCUGUCUACUCAGUUUAACCAUUUUCUCACUUGCAAAGUAAAUAGCAAUGGAUUGUGGGAAAAGGAAUCCUAAAAAGGGAAUGAUGGGUUAAUAAUGGCUAGCUUGUCACUUUUCUGGAGCAGUGCAGAAAUAAGAGGAUUAAUUUAUCAUAAAGAAUUUAUUAUUUUC